AUGCAUAUCAUCAACCCGCAAUCCUCCCUCCUCUCCAACCACGAAGUCCUCCUGCACGUCCGCGCCGUCGACGCCGAAUACACCGGCGAAGACUCCACCUCGCGCGCGCGCACCAAACCCCCCGGCCUCAAAAACAUGCUGCAAGACACGAUACAGUACCUCACAUCCGCAGACCAGAACUCCGCGCUGGCAGCGAUGGCAGAAGGCCACGCCGAGCGCCCGAUGACGCUGUACAAGGGCCCGCACUCGCUGUUCCGGCGCCUGGCGGAGAAGUACACGCUCAAUAAGGCGGAGUACCUUCAGAUAUACAACCUGCGUCCCGCGAGCCUUAUCGUGCUUUGUUUGAUUAUUGAGGAGUGGGACACAAGGUUCUCGGAAGAGCAGAUGGAGGAGAUGGUGAGGGAUAUCGCGGCGGUGUUUGAUGAGGAGGAGGGGGAUAUUCCUACGGGCGUGGAGGAUGUCCAGAUGGAGAGGAUUGGGAAUAAGCUUUUGGGCGCGAAGAAGAGGAGGAAGGGCGGUGCUGCGGCAGGGAAGAGGAGGGCUGCUGCGUGA